GUCCUCGACUGUCUGGACGUGAGCACCUGUCAUGACAGUGUCCUGCAGAUGCUGGCAAGGCACCUGCAGAGCCAAUGCCCAGAGAGGCGGCGCCUGGCUCUGCGAGGGCUCCUGGUACUCAGCAGGGAUUCCUCAAUGGCCAAAGGCAUCUGCAGCCUGUCUGAGCACCUCCUGGAGCUGCUGCGUGAUGGAGAUGGAGAGCUGGUCGCCAUGACCCUCUCCACGUUCCUGAAUGUGCUCCAGGAUGAGCAAGACAGGGAGGGACUCAGCUCCACUGCCCCGAGGCUGGCUGAGGCGCUCCGGCCAGUCUUUGACAACGACAACAGCCACGUGCAGCUGCUCUCCAUUCGCCUCUUCCGAGAGGUGAUGGACUUGCUGGCGGAAGAGGGAACAGAGCCCUGGCAGAUGCAGGUGCGCCAGAGCCUGGUCCCACUGUUCUUCCGCUGGCACGACGAGAACCAGCGCGUGGCAGAGGUCGCUCGGGAAGCGCUGCUCCGGGCUGCAAGCUUCCUCAAGAGGAAGGACCUGGAGCAGCUGCUGAAGACAGGGCAGCCCUUCAGGUUCCGUGACUACCUGAUGGAAAAGGACGUGAGCCGAAGGGGCCAGCACCUGCAGCAG